UGUGUCAAAUCAUAAUAAAGAAAAAUCCAAAAAAUCACGUCGAAGGAAAACAUUAAUUUUAGGCGACGGAACAAAAUCGUGAUUUUCGGUGGAAAUCUUCAGUGCACAGUCCUUCGAAAGAGCCGUUCAGUGUCUGGUUCUCCGUCGCGCCACGCCCCCAGGUAAGCAAUGGGAAACGCAGGGAGUAACUUGCCUCGAGAGCGCCACAAAUCCGGUUCCCACGAUCCGAUUCCGGGAUCUCCGCUCAAGGACGGCCAAGCGUUCGUAUUCGAUAAGAAACCGGACCCGAACCAUCGGCUGGUGUUCCAACGGAGCGAAGAGGACGCGGAACCGUACUACUCCAAAUCGGUCCCGGAGCCGGAAUUCGUUCGGGAUUAUAGGAAACGAUCCAACACGGUUUCGGACGAAUCUUCGCUGGUUGGAGGAGGAGGAGGCGGCGGAGCUAGUCAGGGCGGAGGGCCAGAGGAAGAGGACAAGGAUGAUCAGAAAACUGCGCUUCCGACGGUGUUCAAGUGGGAGGGCGGUGGCAAACAGGUUUAUAUCAGUGGCACAUUCAGCGAGUGGAAGGCACUGCCGAUGGUCAAAAGCCACGGGGAUUUCGUUACGAUCAUCGAUCUGCCGGAGGGAGACCAUCAAUACAAGUUCUGCGUCGACGGGGAAUGGAAGCACGAUCCCAGGCUGAAAAAUGUCGAAAACGAAGUCGGAACCAAGAACAAUCUGGUGUCGGUUCGCCAGUCGGAUUUCGAGGUUUUCCAAGCACUAGCCAAAGACAGCGAAGACACAGGAAAAGACGAAGCGAAGGAAUAUGGGCAGGAUAUUCCGACCACCAGACCGUGGGGCAAGGAAUCGGGGCCACCGGUGUUGCCACCGCACCUGCUGCAGGUCAUCCUUAACAAGGAUACACCACUUUCGUGUGAACCCACAUUGCUACCGGAGCCAAAUCACGUGAUGUUGAACCAUCUGUAUGCGCUGUCCAUCAAGGACGGAGUCAUGGUUCUCAGUGCCACCCAUCGCUACCGGAAGAAGUACGUGACCACGUUGCUGUACAAGCCGAUCUAAUGCUGCACCAAACGCCGCGACGAAGGAUAGAAAGGCCGCCGCGUCGAAAACAUAGCUAAGCUUAGGCCACGCGCGCGGUUUCCUUUGUCAUAAAAAAGAGGUAGAUUCGGAAUCUAGGAAAAAGGAAUAUGCAUGCAAGCAAAAAAGUUGUAGUUGUAUUUUAAAAAGGAGGAUAGAGGAGAGAUUUUUUUAAACAUAUGAAUAUUAAAACAUUAAUUUCUCAGAAGAUGUAAGCAAAAAGUGGCAUAAGGUGACAAAGAUUGGCAACGACCACAUAAUGGAAGCUUUAGUUGUUUCGAUAGUGAUAAGGAAUAAAGUGUAAAUUAUUACUGCUAUUAACGAUUGUUUCAAUAAAAAGUGAUUGUUCUAAAACCAAAA